UUUUCUUCAUGAACGCGCACUCUUGCCCGCUGACAGCCGCGUGCCCAUUCCCACUCUGUGCUUCAGCCGACAUCAGCAGCAACAAUGGCUCUCCUCAAAACCUCCAAGUUCAUUUCCUCUGUUGGGAGUUUGACGCCGUCUUUGGCUACCCUACCCAUCAGAGCCAGCUCAUGGUGGACUGAGGUGCAGAUGGGACCCCCUGAUCCCAUCCUGGGGGUGACGGAGGCCUUCAAACGGGACACAAACUCUAAGAAAAUGAACCUGGGUGUGGGGGCAUACAGGGAUGACAAUGGCAAGCCAUAUGUUCUCAGCUGUGUUCGGAAGGCCGAGGCUCUGAUUGCCUCUAACAUGUUAGAUAAAGAGUAUCUGCCCAUUGGGGGUCUGGGUGAGUUUAGCAAGGCUUGUGCUGAGCUCGCACUGGGGCCGGACAACGAGGUUCUCAAAAGCAAGAGGAGCAUCACUGUCCAGACAAUCUCGGGUACUGGUUCUCUGAGGGUUGGAGCCAAUUUCCUGUCACGGUUCCACACAGUGGCAAGGGAUGUAUACUUGCCAAAGCCAUCCUGGGGAAAUCACACCCCUAUUUUCCGUGACGCUGGUAUGCAGCUGAAAGCGUACCGCUACUAUGACCCUGCUACCUGCGGCUUUGACUUUACUGGAGCGCUGGAUGACAUCUCGAAAAUUCCAGAGCAUAGUGUAAUCAUGCUCCACGCUUGUGCUCAUAACCCCACUGGUGUCGACCCACGACCAGAGCAGUGGAAGGAGCUCUCAGCUGUCAUCAAGAAGAGGAAACUUCUAGUGUUCUUCGACAUGGCCUACCAGGGCUUUGCUAGUGGAGAUAUUGAUCGCGAUGCCUGGGCCGUGAGGUACUUCAUUGAGCAGGGCCACAAUGUCCUCCUGUCUCAGUCCUUCGCUAAGAACAUGGGUCUCUAUGGUGAGCGUGUUGGAGGGUUCACAGUGGUGUGUGCUGAUGCUGAGGAGGCAAAGAGGGUGGAGUCUCAGCUGAAGAUCCUGAUUCGCCCCAUUUACUCUAACCCACCCAUGAAUGGAGCACGUAUCGCCGCCACAAUCCUCAACACACCAGAGCUGCGUUCAACAUGGCUGGAGGAGGUGAAGGGUAUGGCCGACCGUAUCAUUAAAAUGAGAGAAAUGCUGGUCGCUAAUCUGAAGAAGGAAGGAUCUUCUCAGAACUGGCAACACGUGACUGACCAAAUUGGCAUGUUCUGCUUCACUGGACUCCAACCUGAGCAGGUGGAGCGUCUGAUAAAUGAGUUUUCAGUUUACAUGACUAAAGAUGGCCGUAUCAGCGUUGCUGGGGUGACCUCUGGAAAUGUGGGAUACCUUGCCCAUGCCAUUCAUCAGGUCACUAAGUAGAUCAAACUUAUAUCCGCCCCACUAUUCCUCUUUGGACUCAGAUCUUGGCUUCACUUCAUUUGGCUGUUUUGCUAGGUCAACAUGGAUCCUGAACAUGUUAUCAGGGUGUCUAACUGUAACCUUAAGUCAUCUCCCAGGACAUCUUGUGGUUCUUUGACUAAUAAGCACAUUUGAGAACAUUUUUCAUCCUGUUAAAAUUCUGUAUGAACUUUAUUUAUUGUGUGAGUGAAGUAAAAUGAACAACAACAGUAAUAAAGGAUAUUGUGUCCAUUUAA